GACUCAAGAAACAUCAGUAGGUGCGCAGAACUGUGGCCGACUCUGGAGAUCUAAAAAUGAACAAAACAAGGUCCCGGCUCCCCAGGUCUUCUUAACUGGGUGUGUGGAUUUGAAGGGUUGUAGCACGGAGCACCUGAGCCCCCUGAGGUGAGAAAGGAUUGUGUGGCACUGAUGCGGUUGGGGCGUCACCUACAAGGUGAUAUAUUUAUCCUCAGGAUCCCUUCCAGGUGGCCACAUUACAGCGGAUCAUUGUGUCUCCUUGGGCUUCUCUUGGCUGUGACAGUUUCUCAGGCUUUCCUUGUUUUUCAAGACCUUGACAGUUUGGAGGAGGACUGGUCAGAUAGCUGAUCAGCUUCCUUGGAUUUUGCUGAUGACCCAGGAGAGCUUUGCCUGAAGAUGGAAACACUGGAGUCGGAGCUGACCUGCCCUAUUUGUCUGGAGCUCUUUGAGGACCCUCUCCUGCUCCCCUGCGCGCACAGCCUCUGCUUCAACUGCGCCCACCGCAUCCUGGUGUCCCACUGCGCCACCAACGAGUCCGUGGAGUCCAUCACCGCCUUCCAGUGCCCCACCUGCCGGCAUGUCAUCACGCUCAGCCAGCGAGGUCUAGACGGGCUCAAGCGCAACGUCACCCUGCAGAACAUCAUCGACAGGUUCCAGAAAGCUUCGGUGAGCGGGCCCAAUUCCCCCAGCGAGACCCGCCGGGAGCGGCCGUUCGACGCCAACAGCAUGACUUCGGCCGAGAAAGUCCUCUGCCAGUUCUGUGACCAGGACCCUGCCCAAGACGCCGUGAAGACCUGUGUCACUUGUGAAGUGUCCUACUGUGACGAGUGCCUGAAGGCCACUCACCCGAAUAAGAAGCCCUUUACAGGCCACCGUCUGAUUGAGCCCAUCCCGGACUCGCACAUCCGGGGGCUUAUGUGCCUGGAGCACGAGGAUGAGAAGGUGAAUAUGUACUGCGUGGCCGAUGACCAGUUAAUCUGUGCCUUGUGUAAACUGGUCGGGCGGCACCGAGAUCACCAGGUGGCGGCUUUGAGUGAGCGCUAUGACAAAUUGAAGCAAAACUUAGAGAGUAACCUCACCAACCUUAUUAAGAGGAACACGGAACUGGAGACGCUCUUGGCUAAACUCAUCCAAACAUGUCAACAUGUGGAGGUCAAUGCAUCACGUCAAGAAGCCAAAUUGAUGGAGGAGUGUGAUCUUCUUAUUGAGAUCAUUCAGCAAAGACGACAAAUUAUUGGAACCAAGAUCAAAGAAGGGAAGGUGAUGAGGCUUCGCAAACUGGCUCAGCAGAUCGCCAACUGCAAACAGUGCAUUGAGCGGUCGGCGUCACUCAUCUCCCAAGCGGAACACUCUCUGAAGGAGAAUGAUCACGCGCGUUUCCUACAGACCGCGAAGAAUAUCACUGAGAGAGUCUCCAUGGCAACGGCAUCAUCCCAGGUGCUAAUUCCUGAAAUCAACCUCAACGACACAUUUGACACCUUUGCCUUAGAUUUUUCCCGAGAGAAGAAAUUGCUAGAAUGUCUGGAUUACCUUACAGCUCCCAACCCUCCCACAAUUAGAGAAGAGCUCUGCACGGCUUCCUAUGACACCAUCACCGUUCACUGGACCUCUGACGACGAAUUCAGUGUGGUCUCCUACGAGCUCCAGUACACCAUAUUCACCGGACAAGCCAAUGUUGUGAGUCUGUGUAACUCGGCCGAUAGCUGGAUGAUCGUGCCCAACAUCAAGCAGAACCACUACACCGUCCACGGUCUGCAGAGCGGCACCAAGUACAUCUUCAUUGUCAAGGCCAUCAACCAGGCGGGCAGCCGCAGCAGUGAGCCUGGGAAGUUGAAGACAAACAGCCAACCAUUUAAACUGGACCCCAAAUCUGCACAUCGCAAGCUAAAGGUGUCCCAUGAUAACUUGACAGUAGAACGUGAUGAGUCAUCGUCCAAAAAGAGCCACACGCCUGAACGCUUCACCAGCCAGGGCAGCUAUGGCGUAGCUGGAAACGUGUUCAUUGACAGUGGCCGGCAUUACUGGGAAGUGGUCAUAAGCGGAAGCACAUGGUAUGCCAUUGGCCUCGCUUACAAAUCGGCCCCGAAGCACGAGUGGAUUGGCAAGAACUCUGCUUCGUGGGCGCUGUGCCGCUGCCACAACACCUGGGUGGUGAGACACAACAGCAAGGAGAUCCCCAUCGAGCCAGCCCCGCACCUCCGGCGCGUCGGCAUCCUGCUGGACUACGAUAACGGCUCCAUCGCUUUCUACGAUGCCUUGAACUCCAUCCACCUCUACACUUUCGACAUCGCAUUCUCGCAGCCUGUGUGUCCCACCUUCACUGUGUGGAACAAAUGUCUGACCAUCAUAACCGGCCUGCCCAUCCCAGACCAUCUGGACUGCCCAGAGCAGCUGCCAUGAGCACGUGGUGGCGCGGAGCUGUUUUCCGGGGAAUAAAAAGGGUGGUGGGUGGCCACCAUUGCGGGAACACGGAAAACACAGGCUUCCAGAAUGUGAUUGAAUCUCACCAAAAAGUAUCCGGAAAUCAGCUAAGAUAGGACUCCAAACGGGCGAUUCCUCCCUUUCACUGUGUUUUGUAUCAAGUACAGGCUUUAAUAAUUUCUUCACCUUUUCUUUUUUUUUUCAUAUUUACAGGAAAAUUUAUAGAUUAUUUAUAAAAGGAACAUAACCAGGAUUACAACUCUUAGGAACUCUCUGGUUUUGCACAUUAGGAGGCCCGUAAGUUUACCAGCUCUUGACCACCUUUAUCUCAGCACAGUCUCUGGGCUCGAGAAAAACGUUUUGUGUGCUCAUCUACCUUCCUUCUCACAUCCUAUUUCCUCCGGAUCCCAUGGGAGGUCCUGUCACCCCAACACUGCAUAACAGUAUGCAACUAUUUUCAAAAUAAAAACUAGUUCUGAAUCUAGUAGGGAAGUAAACAGGCUUUCUUACUCUGGUUUAUCUUGAAGUGUUCUAACUGUGAUGUCAGAAAAAUGUAUUGGGUCAAGUAGGAGGGAGAGAGCAAGAGAGAGCAUGGAAAGACUUGACUCGGGAGCUUGGAAUCUGCCGUAGUGGAAUCUGUAAUUAGCCUGCGAUGGCUGGUAGGCUGAUGCUGGAAAGAAAGGUUCUGAAACCUUUGGCCACAUAUUGCCCUGUUUUUCCCAGGAUUAAGGAUGCUGGGAGAACAUGAAGAAUGAGAUUGCAGUUGUAAAGAGUCGCCUUGAAUCCUACUGAUUAUUCAAAAGUUCAGGCUGAUUUGCGUUUCCUCGGAAGUGGGAUUCUGUGACAUGAUAGAAAUCUAUUUCCUUUUAAUAGUUUCUUUAGGCCUGUGAAAUUUCUUCACUAUGUUUAAUAGCUGUCCUGUGUCCCCCCCCCCUCC